CUAUUCUACGCGCAAAGUGGAGAAUAGGGAAAAAAUAAAUAAAUAAGGGAAAAAGCAGGAAAUCAAAACCAAAGAAUUUUUUUUGAAAAAAAAAAUCAAAAAUUAAGUAUUGCAUCUUUGGAAGCGCGAGCUCCCGCUCAAUCUCUGGUAAUCAAGUUUUCAAUUCCAAGUCUUAGGAGCUCCGAAAUCGAACCGCAACCGCUAAAAAGAGGUUCAGUUCGAAGCGCAACGCAAACCCCAGAAAAGAGAAUGGAAUAUAUCCCCUUGUUGUGCACUUUAAUUGAUGUGGCUCUAAACAAAGUAGAUUGUUGCCUAGUGUGUCUGGGACUUUUAUUAUAAGCUUGGAAAUUCAUCAGUCGAAAGUUAGCUAGUUGGGGGGAAUGAAGCGCAGACGUAAGGGUGGUAAGAAAGGCAAAGCAAAGAAACCGAGAACACUUAGUACAAAUGAGGUGGCACAAAGUUUGGUUACCUCAAAUACAGAAGACAACCCUGUGAUGAAUGAAUUGGACAAUGAUGAAUUUGACUCUGGACCGGAGGCCGAGUCUCCAUCUUCAACUGGAGCUGAUCUGCCUGAGAAACCACCAAUUGUAGAUGAAAAACCAAAAACUCUUAAUCCUGGCCAUCCAAAUGAUGAUACAAAGCCAAAAUUAGUUUAUGGACGUGUUAAAGUGAAGAUCAAAGCUUCAAAAGCAUUAGACUUGCAGCUCACUUCUUCAGAUGCACCCACACACAGUGAUACUGAGAAGAGUGGACAGCAAGUGGAGGUAGAAAACCAGGGAGCUCCCAGUGAAAAGAUGGAAGACAGUGCUAACUCAUUGCCUGAAUCUAACAUAGGCAAUUCUGGGAAUUCAUCUAAAAGAUCUGGCAGCAUAAAAUUAAAGUCAUCAAGGGGAUUUAGUUCAUCAAGUAUGAGCCCAUGUAGUAAUGUUGAAAUGAUGAAGGGAGAGAGUACACAGCAGAAAGAACCUGGGGUGCUCCGCCCGAAUACUCAACAUGACAAGCAAGAGUUGGAUGCUUCUUUGGAGGUAAUAAAGAAAGUUAUGAAGAUGGAAGCAGCUGAGCCCUUUAAUGUACCAGUGAAUCCUGUUGCUCUUGGAGUACCAGACUAUUUUGAUGUCAUUGAUACGCCUAUGGAUUUUGGCACCAUAUGCAGUAAUCUCGAAAGUGGUAUCAAGUACAUGAACUCUGAGGAUGUCUACAGAGAUGUGCAGUAUAUAUGGGAUAAUUGCUACAAGUACAAUAAUAAAGGUGAUUACAUUUUGGAGCUCAUGAAACGGGUGAAGAAGAACUUCAUGAAACAUUGGACUGCAGCUGGCUUAUACAGCGAUCAUGCAGAGGGAACCAAUGGCAGUGAUACAAUUCAAGCAAUGGAUGUGACUCCUUCCAUUCACGGAAAGAUGCCUGUAAAAAAUGGUGCCUUGAACGCUGCAUCAAAGAAGCGCCAUGGUCUUAAAAAGCACAAGGACGGUUGUCUUUGUGCUAUCUGUGUAAUGAUGCGGCGCAGACAGGAGCGCGAGGAGACUUCUCGAAUUUUGGAUGAUCAGUUUGAUGCUGGUGAUGGUUAUACGAUGAAGAGUUUAAGCCAGAGGUAUAUUUAUUCAUCGCCUUUGUUCACAAGCACCACAAUGUUCUUGCUUAAGCGAUCUGCUGUUAGAUGUAUGUUUGAUUCUCCAUCCUUUGUUAAUGUUUGCUCUACUGAAGCUUCACCUACAGGAAGUCCUGGUGGAGAUUAUUCUUUAGCAAAUAUGGACAAUUCGCAAGAACAGGUUGCCGAUGCUGACCUUGAAGAGAAAGGAGAUGAAAUGAAGUUGCAGGAUACUGAAAAUAUAUCACAACAGCAAGAGGACAAGCCUGAGGAUGAACAAGAGAAUUUAUUGACAGAUGAAGGAAAAGAAGAAGGUGAAAUUUGUGAGCAGUUGGAUCAGAGAUCUAAAGACGAGCAUGAUGCACAAAACCAUCCACCAAAUCUGGAGUCAGGUGAUGACUUGUCAAAUAAAGCCAGCAGGGAGAAAACACCUCUACAGCAUGAAGAUAAUACUGCAGCAAUUGAGCAACGGAAGACUAAGGAGUUGCUGGACAAGAAUCAAAGAGCUAAAAUGUAUGAGAGACUCCGUUAUUUGGAAAAUCCCAUGCUUUUUGAGUUAUGCGGCACCCUUUUUGAUGAUAAGAAUAAAUCUGUUUGGACGGGACCGCAUUCUCUUGUUCAUCAGGAGCGUUUUCCUCGCAAGAGCUCCAUUCUUGCAGCUAUUACUUCAUUUAUGAAGUAGCAAGUAGCUGCGGACAUCGUUUCAGCAAUUCAAGGAGCAAAUCAAAACUAUGAGUGCGUCUUUUCUUGGCUUUCAAAUUUACACCAGGACCAAGGAGUUAAUGGUUGCUUGAGAAUCUUUGAUGUUUCAUACAUGUUGAACGGCGAAGUGCUUUUAUGUGAUUUAUUCCAUCGCAGUACCCCCACUCCUUCCUCCGAACUGUCUUCUACUCUUGUUCCUCUUUGGAGUGAAAAGAUGUUUGGAAAAUCGAAUGCAGUCAGUCACCUGAUCACCUCUGCGGUUUGAA